AUGUCUCGACCAACAACUGCAAGGCCAAAAACAUCAGCUGGAAACAGAGCUGCAUCGUCGCGUGGAUACCGCGUACCAACAACUUCAUACCAAAACUCAUCAGACAGGCGACCGAGUAGAACUGAAGAGCAGUCUGAUGUUUCUGUUUCCGAUUAUGCAGCAAGUCGAAGUGGUUCAAUAUCGCAAGGUAGAGUAGCGAGUGUACGCCUUCCUAGCCGACUAGAUACAGAAAGAGGUCGUUUAACAACUGCAGGCAUGAUAAUACCGCCAAGAACAGCCAGUCGACCGAUCACGAAACAAGGACUAGUUGGUGUCAGACCAGCAUCGCGACCUGAAACAUCACUCAACCGACAAAUAAUGGACAAAUCUUACUACAUGUCGCUGCUUCGCGCCAAAUUAAAUAGUUUGUUAGCUGAAAUUGAUAGUUUGAGGAAAGAAGUUGAAAAAGGAGAGCGAGACAGGCAGGAUCUUUACAUUUAUGAGAAAAGCGCUCAGGAAGAAGCUGCUAAUUUAGAAGAACUGCAUGGCAGGCUUAUCGACCUCAAUGUGGUUUUUGAUCAUCUGCAUGAAAAUACAGAAUCAACAGAGCUUGAGACUGAAUUAAGAGAAUUAAAGUUCAAGAACGACAAGUUGGAAGAAACUGCUAACGGAUUGUUUGCCGAACGUAAAGAACGGGAAAACGAAGUAGAGGAAAUCGAAAACUUAAUAGAGUCUCAAAGGGCUGCGAAUGAGUCUUUACAAAAUAACUUGGAUCCAAGAAUGAGAGACAAACUUGAACAAUUGCGAGCGGAUCUAGAACAAGUUAACGAAGAAUACCGACUGAAAAGUGAAGAAUUGUUGGAAAUUACAUCAAAAAAGGAAGCCUUAGAUGUGGAAUUGGCAAAUUCACCUUUAAAACGUCAAGCAAUGGAACUAUCUGAGCAACUUACCGAAUUAGAAGCGAAGAAAGCAGCAUUGGUUUCUGAAGCUGAAGAUCAUAGCAGUUUAGAAGAACUUCGUGAGCAACUUUUACAGACCGUGAAGAGGACAUCUGGCGAAAUUGAAGUUAUCGAAAAGCAGCUCGAAAAUGUGCGGGAUAAAAUAUCGCAGUGCAACGAGGAAAUUAGAGAGUUUGAUACCCAAUUCGAGGAUACAGCAGGUGAAAAGAGUGCGAAAUACCGGGAACUGAAGUUGAUGGAGAUGCAAUAUGAUGAUUUUAUUGCCAGUUACGACAGCUCUAAAGCCGAACUAGAGUCAUCAAUUGCUACAAUAUCUGAGUCAGUGGUAAAGUAUCUGAUUAUGAUAUCACUCAAUUGCGAUCAGGUGGAGAAGCAUAAUAACGAAACAAAGAUGGACAUUAAUUCGAUUGAACAAAUGAACGACACUAUGAAGUCAGCGCAUGAACUUCAACAGUGUAGGACUUUUGAUUUACAGGACGUUUCUUUGUGUAAAGAAAAUGCGUAUGUUAUCUAUCUGGUAAAAUUACAUGUUCGUCUUCAAGAAGAUAUGGGUAACCUAAACGAAAAGGAAAUGAACUUGAGGAACGAGAUUCAAAUGCGUAGACAAAAAAUUGAGGAAUAUCAACAGAAAAUGUUAAAUUUCAAAGACCUGGAAGGGAUGAAAAAAGCCACUGAAGAUGAAAGAAAUGUGGGAGUUAAUAUCAAUUGAUUGAAGGAAUUGGAAUAUCGACAGAAGGCUUUGGAACAGGAGCUGCGGAAAAUGGAAAGGGAUUACGCUGAAAUAGACUCUGAACUGUCAUCAAUUAAUGAAAAACUUGAAAGUAACGGGAGAUAUCAACAGCUUAAAGAAUUGAAGAAAAAGCUGCAGUUGUUUGAACAAAGAAAGGUCACUAUGGAAGAGGAACUGAAAAAGCGAAAGUCUCAGUUCGAUUACAAAGCAAUUAAACAAGAGGUGUUAAAACUUCAACAGAAGUAUAACGAGCUGUUGUUGGCGUCUCUGAAAGCGUGA